AUGAAGGCUAACAGCUUUCUCAUUGCUCUCCUCCCAGCCGCCCUGGCCCUCCCCCUCGCCACGCCAAAUGGUGACGCUCCAAGCCUCUCAGGAAGCCAGGGCCUUCAGUCUAUUACUGACGAACUUCUUUUUGGCAUCGAGCUGCCUGAUUUCACUGCUCGCAGAGAGGCAAACGACCCUCCUCAGUUAGACUGGUACUCUGAUGGUUGCACAAAGGCUCCAAGCAACCCUUUAGGAUUCCCUUUUCAGCGGGCAUGCGAGCGCCAUGACUUCGGUUAUCAGAAUUACCGAAUUCAAGGGCGCUUCACCAAGGCCGCAAAAGCGCAGAUAGAUCUUAGAUUCAAGGAAGAGUACGAUUUCCCUUUCGUUCCUUCCCUAUCUCCUAGAGCCUGCUUCUCUUGA